CGUUUCUGAACUUAUAAAAAUGAAUGUCAAUGUCAUCCGCUGCGGAAAGAAUCGCCUGCAUUGGAGAAAAGCCAAUUUUUUUCGAAAAUCACUAAUAAAAAAACACUGAUUGUGAAUUUUGUGUGAAAAACUCAAAAUAUUUUCCGGAAAAGUUCAAUAAACAAUAACAAUGUGUUACUAAAGUGCGCGAUCUAAGAGUCAUGUCUGAAGAACAUGACGUGGACUUUCCUACGAACGACGAAAAGCACGAUGAAGAAAACAAAGAAAAAGUGGCCGAAGAUGAGGAAGCAGUGGUUGACAACGAACCGACUACCGAACAUGCCGAAGACUGUCAAAUGACGGUAGAUACCGACAAACCAAGUGCCAAUACAUCCAAAGAAGACAGUGCCAUAGACGUCAUAAAUAAAGAGACUCUGAGUAGCGAGGUGGACGAGAAGAAGGACUUAUACGGUGCCAAUGAGAGAGCAACGCUCACCUGGACUGCAGAAGGCAACGAGUUCAAGAUAGCAUGGAACCUGCCGUCAGGAACUGCUACGAGCGACGACUACAUCGCGUUAUGUUGCACAGAGUCAGCGGGCUCGGUCACAGUCGUCGGGCGCGUGCCGGCUACCGGAUGCGCCAGCGGCGACAUAAUGUGGCUUCUUGACGAGCCUAAUCAACCUUAUGAAGACUGUGAACAGCUGCUAUGUUUCCGCUACUACAAUGGCGAAGGCGAGGAGUGCGCGGCAGAGUCGCCGGCGCUGCCUACGCGCUUCAAGGUGGACCUCAAGAAGCUACCUCUACGACUCAAAGAGGGAAUCUCAAGGAAACGCAGCGGCGACCAAGUGUCACCAUUCUCGUACAACAACGAGAGCUUCGAGAUGAACUCGGAGAACCCGCCCCGCAUCGAGUUCGUGCCCGGCACCAGCCACGAAAUCAGAAAUCUCAGCGAGAACGUUAACAAAUGCUCAAUUAGUGCUUUAGAAAGUAACGGGAACAAUCUCGAACAAACAAAAUGUGAUCCUAGUAAAUCUCUAGUUAGUAAUUUAAGUCAAGAAUCUCAAAAUGUAAAUAGUGAAUCUCGGAGUACUACAGACUGCAAACCCACGUCCUCGGGAGUGAAGAAGAAGUGUCCUCCACCCGUGGACACAGGCGGUGGGCAGGCACUCAAUGGCGUCAAGAAGAAAUCAAUAGCUAACAGCGGGUUUGACUCACCUACUUCUCCGGGCACUGAGUAUUACAAAAUAUGGUCACCAAAGAAUCCUUGCAAAAUAAUGAAGUUCGUAUACGACGUGGAGAGUGCGAAUGUGCCUAGUGAAGCAGAGAAGUCGCCGGUGCCACCGCUACCGCCGAGACAGUCACACAAACCGCUUGAAAGAAUGCACGCGUUGUCUCCGCCACAGGUACCCAGACAUAGAAAGCCAAAAAAGUUAACAAAGCCCGAGGACGCAUUCAACUUUGAAUUGAUCGAUACGGAUGAACAGUUCUUCACUGACAAUAACAUAACAAACUCAGCUGUUUUACAGGGGGAACUAAACGAUUUCAAACCUGGAGAGUUUUAUUCUGGCAAUCAAAUAGCUACGUCUUCAACGGCAAGCUUUUGGAGAGGAGGUCAAAAUGUUGCUCCCUUAGCGACACCUGAAACUGAUGGCAGCUUAUGUGAAUCCACAAUUUCAUCUAUGAAGUUGUCUAGGCUUAACGAGGAGAAGAGAUCUAAGGAUGUACCUGAUGGCGCCCCCAGCGUGAGUAGGAAUAAGAUUUUGUUUAUAAAAGAUAUUGGACCCGAUAAUUACAUAACGACGACGUUUGCCCGGAAAGAAAAGCCCAGUCCACCCAAAGAUGUAGUGGACGGAGUAAACCGAACGCCAAAUCAUGCCAAGUCUGAAGAAAAAGCUCAACACACGUUUUUAAAUGAUAUUAGUAAUCACUCAGAGUUUGAGGACGACAACAGAAACCAGAUUGAGGAAAAAGAAAUUACAAUAUUAAAAGGUCACAAACCACUAACGAGGCAGAACUCUGGCCGCGCUACACCAACCAUGAUGACAGCGUUCCUAAAUUCGUCUCACGUAGAUCCUCCUACCAGAGAAACCGACAACAAUAGCUCGAAUGGUCACAGUUCCUGCAACUCUUCACACUCGACGUCACCAGUCGAUGAUUCAAACAAAAUGAUGCCAAGCGUGGGGACGAUGAUUAUGAAUCGAAAACAUUCGUGUGAUUCGUCAACGCCGAAGCAUUCGAGCUUACCGAGACAUUUGAUUAAAAAUCUUGGAUGCGAGGGAACUCCAAAGCACUCUCCGAGUAAGACUGCGAACAAUGUAGAGAGCCCGGUGAGGCCGCACCCUCGCGUGUUGACCCGCGUGGCCGCGCUGGCGGGCGGCGCCGUGCCGCAGUGCCCGCCCACGCCCACACACCACGCGCGGAGACCCCGGCCACUACCACCACCAGACUUACACCCGCCCCCUGUACAAAACUCUGAAGCGAGACAAGAAAACUUCGAAAUGGUGGAGUUCACGAACGAACUGAGGACGUCUGAAAUUAGGUCUCCCAAUAUGGAAUUUGUAAAUAGUAAUCACUUUACGAUAGUGCACGCAGGGCCGCCGGAGGAUGUGGUAUUAAGGAGGCCGAGGCCGGUCGAGGAUAUAGACGACAAUGACAACGCAGUCGCCUCACCCACGCCUUUGAGGCACAUGGCCGGUAUAAGGCUACCUUCCAUUCCGGAAAGGGCAUCGAGGCAGAUGGCUUUGACGGGCGAUUUUCCUGCUAAUAUGAUUGGCGGGAUAAUCGAAUGCGAGGAACCUUUACCUGCAGGUUGGGAGGCUCGCAUGGACAGCCACGGUCGAGUGUUCUACAUCGACCACAUCAACAGGACCACGACGUGGCAGAGGCCGGGACUCAACGGCACCACGCCGCGGUCGCCGGCGCCAGAAGUACAGAGGCGACAGUUAGAUAGGCGAUACCAAUCAAUCCGUCGCACCAUGACACGUACACAACUAGCUGAGGAAGAAGCCGGUGCUUGCGCAUCCCCGCCGCCGUGCCAUGCGCAUGCGCAUGCGCAAGGCCAGGCCGGCGCUACUGGCGCGCCCUCUGCCGGCGCCUCCACGUCCCGAGCACCUGACACAUCGCAUGUACCGCACCCGGCCGCAUUCUUCCUCGCCAGACCUGACUUCUACUCUAUACUACAUAUGAACCAGGAAGCGUCCGUCCUAUACAACGGUAACUCCACAUUGAAGCACAUGAUCUCGAAGAUCAGACGGGACACCACGUCGUUCGAGCGGUACCAACAUAACAGGGAUCUGGUGGCUCUAGUCAACAUGUUCAGUGAAUCUGACAGGGAACUGCCACUCGGAUGGGACACCAAACUCGACAGGAAUGGGAAGCGGUUCUUCGUGGACCAUGUGAUGCGGCGGACGACGUUCAUCGACCCUCGAGUGCCUCGGGGCGCGGCGGCGGGACCAUUCUCCCCCCUACUACCGCAGCGACGUCGACCCCUCGUAGAUCCACCGGCACCAACGCCGCCACCACGUCCACCACUAUCCGCUGCGGAUGCGCAAGUAACCAACACACAUCAAGAAAUACCUGUUGCAUAUAAUGACAAGGUGGUAGCAUUCCUUCGCCAACCCAACAUAAUGUCAAUCCUGCGAGAACGGUGCGGUGGGUGCGGCGGUGGGCUGCGGGAGAAGGUGAACACCGUCCGCGUGGAGGGCCUGCCCGCACUCACUCGGUACCAGAACGACGUGCAGCUCACCUGCUUACUCAGCCUGUUCGAGCAGGAGAUCAUGAGCUAUGUGCCGGCGGGCGGGUGCUCCAUAGCGGCGGCGUCUGCAGGCGCUUCGCCCUCGCCGGCCGCGUCACCAGCUGCAGCGCGCAGCACCAGGGCGCCCGCGCCGCAACGACGGGACUUCGAGGCCAAACUGCGAGCCUUUUACAGGAAACUAGAGAGCAAAGGCUACGGACAGGGGCCUGGCAAAUUAAAACUCCACAUUCGUCGCGAACAUCUUCUAGAAGAUGCCUUCAGAAGGAUAAUGUCUUGUGGAAAGAAAGAGCUGCAGAAGGGCAAGCUCUGCGUGCUAUGGGACGGGGAAGAAGGGCUGGACUAUGGCGGACCCAGCAGGGAGUUCUUCUUCCUACUGUCGAGGGAACUCUUCAACCCUUACUACGGACUCUUCGAGUACUCAGCCAAUGAUACCUACACAGUCCACGUGUCACCCAUGUCGGCGUUUGUCGACAACCAUCAUGAAUGGUUCCGUUUCUCCGGGCGCGUGCUAGGCCUGGCCCUGGUGCACGGCUACCUGCUGGAGGCGUGGUUCACGCGCGCGCUGUACCGAGCGCUGCUGCGUCUCCCGCCCGCGCUGGAAGAUGUCGACGCUCUCGACGCACAGUUCGCUGCCUCAUUGCGCUGGUUACAGUCAGCGCGAUGCGUGUCGUCCCUGGAGCUGACGUUCGCGGUGUCGGAGCGCCUGGCGGACGGGCGCGUGCUGGAGCGCGAGCUGAAGCCGGGCGGGCGCGAGCUGGCCGUCACCGAGCGCAACAAGAAGGAGUACCUCGAGCGCGUCGUGCGCUGGCGCGUCGAGCGCGGCGUCGCCGAGCAGACGGAGUGGCUCGUCCGGGGCUUCCACGAGGUUGUGGACCCGCGGUUAGUGGCAGCGUUUGACGCGCGGGAGUUAGAACUGGUGAUCGCAGGCGCGCCCGAGCUGGACGUGGCGGACUGGAGGAACAACACAGAAUACAGAGGGGGCUACCACGACGCACACCCUGUCAUCAUCUGGUUCUGGCAGGCCAUUGACAGGUUCACGAACGAGCAACGACUGCGAUUGGUGCAGUUCGUGACGGGCACGUCGUCGAUCCCGUACGAAGGCUUCUCAGCACUGCGCGGCUCCACGGGCCCGCGCCGCUUCUGUAUCGAGCGCUGGGGCCGCGUGGAGUCGCUGCCCCGCGCCCACACGUGCUUCAACCGCCUCGACCUGCCGCCCUACCCCACGCCGCACCUGCUGCACGAGAAGCUGCUGCUGGCUGUCGAGGAAACCAACACCUUCGGCAUCGAGUGAAGCUUUCACUGCCGUGAACUCUGAAUGAAUACGCUUUUCGUACUGUACAUCUGUGACGAUGUAGUACGGUGAACAUUACUUAAAUAAAGCUCAAGUAGCGAAUGCUUCAUAUUAUUCUGAAUACUGGAACUCGACCACGAGUUACGUACGUUACGGCCGCACCAUGGUCGUUAUUGUGGUAAAAAACCUUAUCUACGUACGAUACGAUAUUCGUGAUAAAAUACUACAUAACCACGUUUUUUUCCCGCAUAGUGAAGUUGUAAUAAAUAUUUAAGACUAGUAAUCAUAACUGAGAAUGUGAACUGUAACUACUCUUGAAAUUAACACAUUUAUUAACAUCGGAAAUGACUGUCAAGAAGUUUAUUCAACCACUGAUUGAGAUUGAGAGUACUGUAUGAAGUAUGUAAGAAACCGUAUAUAUUAGAAGCUGUAAAUAAUUGUGACUAAUUACAAGUAUUGUUGUCAAUGUAAAUAAUAGUCAAUUUAUAGUAUAACAGGCAAACAAAGAUAGAAAUAUUUUAGCAGUUUAAUAAAGAAAAUAUGUGUUGACGUGCCUAGGUAUUUAUUAUUAUUGUAACGGGCCACGUGACCUACGAGGUUUGUACUUUAUUAUCGCUUUUGUUAUAAGUGAACGUAUAUUGUGGCUGUGAAACGGGACUUAAGUCCUGUGUUUAGUAAUUACGCUUUUACGUCACUAAUUUAUGUUAUAAUUGUAACCUAUAUCACCUUUGAUAAGAACAUUAAUUUUAAAUUAUUGUGAACACGGAAUAUUAUUGCGUAAAUAAAUAGUUGAAUUAAAAAAAUCAUUUCAUAUUUGCAACUUAACUGCUAAGAAACAUGAUGAACAUGAUGAUGAUGAAGAAGUAUUUAACAUGUGUAAUUCAGAAGUAUUUAAUAAUUAAGUUCUUUGUCUUCAAUUGCAAGCAAACACUAGUCAGCUACAUUAUCAAUAAUUUAGUUGGAAUUAAAAUAUCCAAACACUUGUAUAUUUUGUCAAUCACUGCUGUGUGAACUCAAACUACAUUAUCCCUAUAUUAUAAACUUUUAAAUAAAUCAUGAUUGAACAAAUUAGCCAGAAUUCUGUAAACAAUUUAUGUUCCUUUGUUAUAUUAAUUGUAAUUUGAUCAGUUGUAUAGUUAUAAAUGGUAAUGCUGUGGUUCAUAAUAAAUAGUUGUUGCUCGUCUUAACAUUCAGAUAUAGGACAGUAUUUUGUCUCAGAAUGUAAAUAUCUUAUUUAUUGUGCUUAUCAACAAACACAUAUGUGUAACUGAUGUUUAUUUUUGUAAGUAAUAAUUCUAUUAUAUUGAAUAUUUAACUCAAAAUGUGUAUUGUUUUUAUUACCUUAAAUUUUAAGUAAAUUGUUUUUGUGUGAAAGUGAUAAAAUGUGUCAAUAUACAACAUUACUUCAG